AUAAACGUGAAACGCUGUGGUGAGGUGAACUGUUAAAACGGCACAGAGCCACAACACAAUCGAAGAUUAAAUAAAUUAAAAUGGAAUUCUAACAAAUAGGUUCCACCGAUACUUAUUUUAGGUGAUACCAAAAUAAAAUACAAAUGUUCGUUGCACAUUUCAGGAUUUACAGGAUCUCUUAUUAAAGAAAGUUUUGUAGGCGAAAUAUUUUUUCUAUCUUACUGGCAUGAUGUAAAUAGUGCAGUGUAUAAAUUGACUCGUAAUGAUUUGGCCUUACUUUAGAAGUACAUUUUCUCCUCUAACCUCUGUAAUCGUGUUAUAAACCCUAAAUAUAAAUAAAUACUAAGUGCUCAUAAAGAACAAUGUAGAAAUAAUAAUAUAUGUGUAUAACUUUGACUAGAGAAUAAUAUAAGUGUUAUCAAGGUGUUGCUGAAUUUAUUGUGUUAUAAGACCUGUUAUCACUAAGCAGUCAUAAUGUCAUCAUUAGGAACAUUACCCGUGAUUUUGAUCAGCUGUUUAGACAAGACUGUUGCUAAGUCUCUUGUUUCAGAACUAAUAGACAAUGAUGUAACAAGCACAUACAUCCAAGAUGGGCAUUCUGAUGAUCGUGUAUGGAAGCUGGUUAAUAAAUAUUAUACAGCAAAUGUGAGACUUCACAUAUUGAUAGAUGAUGGACAGCUCAGUGUCAGUCCUGAGAGCAUAGAGGCACACAUCAUACACCUCACCGAGGAGGAGUUAGAGGACGACAGCGCGUGGUGCCGGAGAGCGGCGAGCGGCGGCGGAGCGUGGCGCCGCGCCGCAGUGCGGCUCGUGGUGGCGGACUGCGAAGCGGAGCCCGGCGGCGCGCUGCCCGCCUGGAGCGCCGCGCAGCGCGCCGAGCUGCUGGCGUGGCGCGGUGCGCCGCCAGACGCGGGCGUGGAGCGUGCGCGGGACGCGCUGCAUGCGCACGUGUGGCCCGGACUGCAGCGAGAAGGCCGCGCUUCCUGUCUACCCCCAUUGCUAUCAUCAGAGUCAUGGUCGAGCUCAGGCGGAUCGGACGAGUCGGACUCUGAAGCCGAGGAGCUGCGUGCCGUGGAGCAAGCCGAGGCGUUCGCGGCGGCGCUGGGGUCGCUGGGGGCGGCGGCGGCCGCGCGGCCCGCGCCGGGCUCCAUGGCCGGCCCGGACCGCCUCGACCACGCCGAGGCGCUGGUGCAAGCCUUCUGCCGCGCACUCGGCUACGACAUGGACUCUUGCUGAACUGAACUCGUCUUACUCUAUCAUCCUUUUUACCGUCUCAUUGGUUGCACAUAGGCAUUGACAUAGCUAUGUAUGUACAUAUUAUAAUAUAUUUUAUAUUAUCUGAUCUCGUCUUUUAACUUUAGUUAUAUCAAUCAUUCAUCUAUGUUUAUGAAUAAAACUAGGAACAUUUUAUAUAGUAAUAGUAGCCAUGUAUGGUAGGCACUUAUAUGGUUGUGGCCUAGGAAAAGAUCAGUAUUGAGUAUAAAAAGUGCUUAGGAUCAUAAAUAAACAACAAUACCAAGUGCUUAAAUAAUAAUAAUAUAAUAAUAUAAAUUAUCUGAAAUGCAACAAAUGUAACAUGUAUAAUAAUACUAUAUCUCUCGAACGCAUCGCUCGCGACGGAUGUACUAACAACUAUUAAGGCCCAUAAACACGAAGAAGAUUCAUCUCAAUCGUGCGUAAAAUUAGAUAACAUUACAACGCACGCGCGUUUGUCGUUGUCUUUAGUCAUUAUUAUGCAACCUUGGUAAUUCAAUACAACUAUAUUAAAUUAAAAAUAUGCUAUGGUUAGUAAAUCACAGUGUACUAAAUUAACUUACGAUAUGUAGCUGUCAGUGUAAAAAGCUACGCUUUUACACAAAUAUUUGCGUGUCUUAACAAAGUAAGUCUUUGUUAAAAAAUAUUAAGGCAAAGCUCACAACGCACGUAGUGUGCGUAGAGUGACGUCAGGCCGGGGCUAGCCCCGGGCGUGCCGCCUGGCUCGGGGGGCCGAGGCUAGCCCCGCGCGGGCCGUCUGGGUCGGGGGCCGGGGCUAGCCCCGCGCGGGCCGUCAGCAGUCGGGGGCCGCAUGCAGCAGCUCGCGGCGCCGCAGCAGGCCCGCGAAGUACUGCGCCGCCAGCCGCGCGAUGUACUGGUCCCGCGCGCCCCGCGCCGGCCACCAGCCCUCCAGGAAACCUAUGUGUCCGCCGCGCGCCGUCACCAGCAGCGCCACGCUGCGCGCCGCCUCCGCCUCGGCCACGGGGAUGGCGCCCAGCGGCUGGAACGGGUCGUCCGCCGCGCACAGGCACAGCAGUGGCACCCGCACCGCCGACAGCUUGUCGCGCAGCGUGGCGGCGCGGUAGUACGCGUCCACCGAACCAAAACCGAAGUGCUGUGUCGUGAAAGCCGCGUCGAACUCUCGCACGGAGCGUGCGCGCUCUACCCCGCUCCAGUCGCAAGGCGCAGCACGCAGGCGUUCGUGCGCGCGAAGUGUACGGCGCAAGUUGCGCGCCAUGUGGUAAGACAGCAGCGCAUUCAGGGGGGCCCGCUCCAUGCACUCCGAUCCCUUCUCUACGUCCAGCGGGGAAGAAACCGCCAGCGCCGCGUGGACGCCGGCGCGCUCGCCGUGCUCCGCUAGGUAGUGGCCAAGGAUAAGGCCGCCGAGUGACACGCCCGCCGCCAGCAGAGGCACGUCGCCGGCCGCCGAGCGCACGGAGCGCACCACCUCGGCCAGAUCGGAGUGGCUGACGGCGCAGUACAGGCGGGGCGUAGUCAACGGUAGCCCGCCGAGGCCGCGGUUGUUGAAGACGACGCAGUGCGCCCGCAGCGCGGAGGCGGCGGCGGCCAGGCAGCGUACGUAGUCUGCAUCGGCGCUGCCCGUGAGCCCCGGCAGUACUAGAAGUACGGCGCGCGCGGGCUCCGCCUCGUACCGAACCCAGUCCAGGGCCACCUGCCCGCCAUCAGACAACUGCAGCACCUCUCUGCAAUACAACAUGUCUUGUAUAGCUAUACUAUAGCUAGUCAAGUUCAAGUGACAGUGCCAAUACCUAUGUCUAUGUUAAAAGUUGAAAAAAGUUAAAAACCAAUACCGGUGAUACUUCACAGGCGGCAAGAGACGAGAACGCAGUAAAGACCCCAGAACAGUCUGCAACCGUGACUCAACACACCAUGGUGUUGGCCAAUAGUGCUCACUCAAUAGUGGCACAUUCUCUUCUAGGAACUGACGAAAAUCUCCUUCUCGGCAUAUCAAUA